ACCAUCAUCAUCGUCGUCAAUGGGGUCAGCGAGAAGCAGAGGAACGACGAAGCGCUCUGCGGCAGCCAACGCGCUGGUGCAGAACCUCACCAACUCGGCGUGGAUGUACCUGGCGCCGGUGGUGUUCGGGGUGGCGAGGAGCCUCUACAACCAGCACCUCCGGCGGCGGCUGGGCCGGCACGUCCCGUCCGUCGACCCCUUCGUCACCGUCGACGUCGUCGCCAGGCUGGGGGACCCGCACCCCUACCACUCCUACCACGACGAGGAGGCCAAGUCGAGCGACGCCUACGCUGAGGUGCUGGCGUACCUGAGCGCCGCGUGCUCGCGGGAGGCGCGCAAGCUCCGCGCCGAGGGCCACGGCUUGGUGCUCGGCCUCCGCGACGGCCAGGAGGUGGCCGACGAGUUCAAGGGCGUCACCGUGUGGUGGUGCGCGGUGCCGCCGUCCCCGGCCGACGCCAGGAGGCGCUGCCGCCUCACGUUCCACGAGUCCCACCGGAGGCUCGUCGUCGACGAGUACCUGCCCCACGUCCGCCGCACCGGACAGGAGCUCCUCUCCGGCAACCGGCCACGCAGGCUCUACUCCAUCAAGGAGCUCAACUACCAUUCUGGGAGGGAUGAUGUAUGGAGCUAUGUAGACUUCGACCACCCGGCCACGUUCGAGACCCUGGCCAUGAACCCAGCAAAGAAGCGGAUGGUCAUGGACGACCUGGAUGACUUCCGCAACAGCCGGGACUACUACCGCCGCAUCGGCAAGGCGUGGAAGCGCGGCUACCUCCUCUACGGGCCGCCGGGCACAGGCAAGUUCUCCAUGAUCGCCGCCAUGGCCAACCACCUCAACUACGACGUCUACGACAUCGAGCUCGCCUCUGUGCACACCAACGGCGACCUCCGCAAACUCUUCGCCGAGACCACGCGAAGGUCCAUCGUCGUCAUCGAGGACAUCGAUCGCUCCCUCGACCACGCCACAACGGAGCCACAGAGGGAGACCAAGUCCAGUGCGCGCCCAUACCCGCACUCGACAUGCCCGGCUCGUACGCUGUGGCUUAUUCGCCCUUCACUAGUGACGCUGCCGGGCCUGCUCAGCUUCAUGGACGGGCUGUGGUCGGCGCACGGCGGCGAGCGGAUCAUCGUGGUCACCACCAACUGGUCCCGCGCGCUCGACGAUCCGGCGCUGGCCCGGCGGGGGAGGAUGGACGUGCACAUCGAGAUGAGCUACUGCGAGUUUGGGGCGUUCAUGACGCUCGCCAAGAACUACCUCGGCGUGGACGCGCACCCUCUCUUCUACGCCGUGGAGGAGCUGCUGCGGGUGGCGGACAUGACGCCCGCGGACGUCGCCGAGUGCCUGAUGUCGCGCUCCGAGCGCGCCGCCCGCGGCGAUGCCGAUGCAUGCCUCGCGCGCUUGGUUGACGAGCUCAAGAGGAAGGCCAAGAAAAAUGCUUUAUUGCAAAAAGAAGAAAAAUGCUAUACUUGUCAAACACUAGAUGAUACCCCACGCGAUGCUGCAGGACACUACUCAAAAUAACCACUGAGAAGAGAUGAUUCACAUAAUGCAAAAAAAAAGAUGCAGGAUAAUGGUGGCUAGUGGUAAAUUAACAUUUUUUACAACUAUAUUCCUUGCAUAUUUUAUCUACAAAAAUUAAUGAUUUCGUCAAAUUAUUGUUCUCCCAUUAAAAUAUACUCCCUCUGUUCAGAAUUAACUGACGCUGAAACGAGUGUAUCUACACACUGAAACACGCCUAGAUACACACAUUUCAGCAUCAGUUAAUUCCGAACAGAGGUAGCAUGUGAGCUACAUACAAAUAAGUACUAUAGUACAAUUGUCCCAAACUCCCAAUAAAAUAUUUGAACACAAAAUGAUGGAAGAUAAACCCACCAAUUUGUGAGGAGAUAUAACAGGGUUAUCCAAAAAUAUGCAAAAAAGAAAAGAGGCACAGUACAAAUAACCCAAAGGAGAGAUAGUUCUAAGGAUCUAGGAACUGCAUCAGACAAUGUCUCUCGAAUAGAUAUGUAAACUGCAUGUAUCUUAUACUGUGGACGAAAUAGUACAUAGAAGUGUAGAACCUACAUCCAGCAAUGUCUCUCGGAUUAUUGGGCACUUUAAGACAUCGACAUAUCAAAGUGGUAAUUAUUUUUCAACAUGUAUACUGGGUGACUUGGCUCUCUAUCUACAAAGAAGAUGGUUCUUAUUGGAAGAACAAAACAAUGUCAGCCAUCAUUCAAGGGACCGAAAAGAAGCAUAACAUAUUUGCCACUGGAGAAUGGUUUCACUUAUGUCAACAACUCAACACAACACACAAUAUGAUUGAAUCUAGUAUAUAAAUUCUAGCGUACAAAAUGUCAAGCAUAUAUGUCAAACAUUCGCCCACAGUAUAAGAUACAUGCAGUUUAGAUAUCAAGUAUAUAUGUCAAACAUUCGUCCACAGUACAAAAUGUCACCUCACUGUCUCAAAUGCUUAUUAAAAAUGAAACCAGAUUCAUGACGAACUGAUAAGAGGCACAAGCUAAAUGCCCAACCAGAUAACUACCUAUCCAGAAGACAAUAAUUAAGCGGUUAAAAGAACUAGCAAGGCACCUAUCCACUACCGUAGCUAAUGUGGCUUAAAUUCAAUCGAAGGAAAAUGAUAUGAACCUAAGACGAAGAUAAAAGGUGAAAAAAAUGAGGAUAUACACCCAAAAAAUCGU